AAAGGGGGAAACAACGACGGAGCCGUUUCAUCCCGGAGGCGGCUGGAAGCUGGAACUACAGUUUGGGUGCGGCAAUCCAACGCUUCCAAGGUGGAUUUUCUCGUCUCAGCUUGAAGCUUCGAGGUUGAACCCUAAAGACCAAAUUGCAGCAGUGAGUGAGUGAUGAUACGAUUACCAUACCUCAAUUCACCUCAAAUUCUUCAGCUCUUGCGCUUUCCCACCGCUAAACUGUAGAAAGUAGAAUCCCUUUGAUCGUAUUUAAGUUUUGGGGGGUUUUUUUUUUUUCAUAUUCUUCGCAUUUCGAUUUGGUGGCCAAUGGCUUCUUCAGAGAUAGAAGUGGUUUCAGACACCCAAAAUCAGCAGAGUUCGAGGGGUUUGAAUGGAAGUUCUAAUGAAAUCAAUAUAGUUGACGUCUUCUCUGCAUCCGCUUAUGGUGAUUUUGAUAAAUUACGAAAAUUCGUCGAGAAAGAUGGUUGCUCUCUCUCUCAACCUGACGGCAAUGGUUAUUACCCUCUCCAAUGGGCUUCUCUUAACAAUUUCCCUGAUAUCGAGCUGUACAUCAUCGAGCAUGGUGGCGACGUUAAUGCUGCCGACAACGCACAACAGACGGCUUUACAUUGGGCCGCAGUUCGGGGAUCGAUCGCUGCGGCAGACGUGCUCUUGCAGAACAGAGCAAGGGUUGAGGCUGCUGACGUUAAUGGAUAUCGGGCAGUUCAUGUUGCGGCUCAAUAUGGACAAACAGCUUUCUUAAACCACAUUAUUGUGAAGUAUGGUGCCGAUUAUGACGUUCCAGAUAAUGAGGGGAGGAGCCCUCUUCAUUGGGCUGCUUACAAGGGCUUUGCAGACACUAUAAGGUUACUGCUGUUUAGGGAUGCAUUCCCAGGGAGACAGGAUAAAACGGGAUGUACACCUUUGCACUGGGCUGCAUUAAAAGGAAACAUGGAGGCAUGCACUAUACUUGUUCAUGCAGGGUCAAAGCAAGAAUUAAUGGUUAAAGAUAAUGCUGGAUUCACCCCUACUCAGCUUGCUUAUGAUAAAGGUCAACGGCAUGUCGCUUUUUUACUUUCAAAUGCACAGCGGACAGCUGGCAGUUUCUUUGGAGGCAAGGUGUGCUUUGGAAGGAUAGAAAAUAUUGGAUAUGCCCCAAUUCUGUUGUUCAUUAUAGUACUUCUCAUUGUCCUCUUCAUCAACUCAGUUCUUGGAGUUCCUGGUUUAACAAAGGUUACUGCUAUUGUUGGACUUUGGGGGUGGAUUGCUGUUUCUCUUGCGAUUUGUGCACUAAUGAUGUUUUAUAGAUGUAGCAGUAAGGAUCCAGGUUACAUAAAGAAAUCAGAAGGCUGUACUAAUAAUACAGAUGUGGAGGAUUCUCUGUUGAAUAUUGAACUGAACAAUUCCUCUACUUGGGUUGGAAAUUGGUCUCAGCUUUGUCCUACCUGCAAGAUAAUCAGACCUGUUCGCUCCAAGCACUGUCCUACAUGUAAUCGCUGUGUGGAGCAAUUUGACCAUCACUGUCCUUGGAUAUCGAAUUGUGUCGGAAAGAGGAAUAAGUGGGACUUUUUUGUCUUUGUCUGCUUGGGAACCUUGACUUCAUUCAUCUCCGCCGUGGUUACAAUUCAAAGUAUUCGAACAGAAUUGCCAGCAAAGCUUGCAGAAAAAUGGAUUCACCAUGUGGUGGUUGAACAUCCUGGCAGAGUUGCAUUUCUGGUCGUGGAUACCAUUGUAUUAAUUGGAACAGGAGCUUUGACUAUAGCACAGACAUCACAGAUUGCGCGGAACAUCACUACUAAUGAGAUGGCAAAUGCUGCCCGUUAUGGAUAUCUUCGAGGCCCAGAUGGACGGUUUCGUAAUCCCUAUAACCACGGCUGCCGAAAGAAUUGCACCGACUUUCUCAUACAUGGGUACACUGAUGACAAUGAGAUUGCUUGGCCAACACUGCAGCAAGCCACCAAUUAGAGCAUCUGUGACAAGAAGCUGCCAUUCAACUUUUGGGUUUCUUGCAGACCCUCCAAUUUUAAUGAUGGCCACAUCUAUUAGUUGCGUGGAAUCCAGAGUUCGGCUCCAGUUGGAUGUUUCAUCAUCACUGCCUCCCUGUAUACACUGCGUGACUAUUGUGAGAGGCCACUCUUCAUGCUGCUCUGCGGGUUUGGAUUUCUUUUAUUUUAGUAUUUAAGAGUCCCAACCUCUUUGUACAAGUUGAUCCAUGUACAUGCCAUGUGAUACAUUCACUGUGAUGGCAAAUCCUGGGCAUGCUCGACUGGUGUCCAGUCCCCUGCCACCGGGAAGGUGGGGUUGUGGAAUGUAACAACAGUAGAUCAACCUUUGUUUUGCUGUGUACCAAAAAUAAUGCUGUGCUACAUAUGUACCAUUCUUACUGUGCAAAAUCAGAAGCAGUUGUCAUUUUUGUAAUUGCUUUUUCUUGUUUGUUAUUAAUUUUACCAUGGAAUGGUAGCCCUUUUGUAUUUGGUCAUGUAGCCGGGACUGAUAUUUGCCUAAAUUGAGAAAUGCUCAAUUUUAGUUUAGGUUUGGAAAGAA